CACUCCCUCUCUCUCUCCCACUCACCCUCAAACAAACCCACCCACAUAUCGAACGAACGAACGAACGAACGAAGCAGUCCGACGAGACGAUUUCACAUCAAGGUUCGAUCUAACUCUAUUCAUCCUUUUAACUUAGAGAAGAAGUAGACUCAAUGGAAACUGAUUUUGAAUCUACGCUGCCAAAUCUCCAUGCCUUGUCAGUCACUGAAGCUGUUUCUGAGAAGGCCCACCAGGACAGAAUGGAUGAAGAUGGGGUCGUGGAACAUGUUGAAGCACAUAACUCUGCCGAUGAUGAUCUGGAUUCCAUUUCCAAAGUCCAUAAAACACGCCGUUACAUUGACAUCAUGGAGAUGGCUGAGAAGAUGCCCGAGUUAUUCUCAACUCGAGGAAUUGUGUUGGAAGAAGAUGCAGGCUUGCAGCUGAUAGCAGAUUGUUUUGCAUUGCGGGGUGAUAUUCUUAGAGACAUUGGUAAACUCUACAAGUUUAUCCAUGGCAAGUAUCGUUCCAGGUUUCCGAAACUCGAAUUGUCUGGUCUUUCCUUGGAAACGUAUGCUCAAGUGGUUAAAAAGGUUGGGAAUGAAAUGGAUCUAACCCUUGUUAACCUGAAUGGGGUUAUGUCCCCAUUUAUGAUUAGCGGUUUCUUAAAGAAAGCGUUGACUCCUUGUGGCAAGCCGCUUCCAGAUGAAGUUCUCCGGAAGGUGUUUGAUGCGUGCAAUCGACUUCUUGUUUUAUUCUCAACUGAAAGUUCAGUUUACGCAUUUGUGGAUAAAAUAACUGAAUAUAUAGCGCCAAAUCUUUUUGCGCUUCUUGGGAGUUGUCUUACUGGUAACCUAAUUAUGGCUAGUGGCGGUCUUUCACCAUUAGCUAACAUCCCAGCCGAUAAUUUCAGCCUUCUGGGUCCCAAGAAUAUCACGAAUUUGGAAAGGUUUCUAACUGAAAUGCCGCAAUUUGAUUGGCUUGAGGAUACAGACUUUUUGCUUAGGGUUCAUUCUGGUUUGGAGUUCCAUGUCUACCGAAAGGUUGCUAAGAAAAUCACAGAUGCAGCGGGCGUAGACUGUAGGAAAGAAGAUCCAACAGGCAAAACAGGGAAAUGCAUGAGAGAUGUGAUAUUUAUGGAGAUUGAAAGAUGGAUUAAGGAGCCCUACUACGGCGGCUAUGAGAGGAAGAAAUCUAAACGUCGUGAAGAUCCUCUUUCCAAACUGAAGCAAAAGAAGAGAUAUGCUACCAUGAGGAGGAUGCAGAAAAUAAAGGAGUUGAUCGAAUUGGAGCGGAUGGGAUUUGUAGCCCCUAGGGAUGCAGGACGCCAAGCUGGUAUUGGGCAAGUUUCGUCACAGAUCAGCUGCCCAUGAGAGCAAGCUUCAUGCCAAAAGGAAUUACGGAAGCUGUGGUGCGCUUCCUGCUGCCUCAUGACCGUCUGAGUGAAGUCAAGUUUCUCUCUCUCUCUCUCUCUUGUUUUUAUUUUUUUAUGUUUUUCCCUUUUUUGCAUUUGUUUAAAGUUUAAACAUUGGGAAAACUGUGUGUGUUAGUAAAGAUAUGGAUCUGCAUAAAUUAUUUCA